UUCGUGCAAACGUCAAAAGCGACAACGCCACCCCUCUUCUCUCUCACUGUGUCUCUUGAUCCCUGUCCAAAUUCAAGCACUCACAACACAACCCCAGUCGAUCCUGGAGCCUAGACAUGCUGAGUGGCCUACACCACCUACAUACAUACUAACACAGACUGAGAAUCUAAGAAAAUCCCGGAAAUCCGAUCGCUGGAGUCAGUCAAGAAAUCCAAUCUCUCCGCCCGCCCUCAAUCGACCCGGCCAUUCACACUCUGUGUUGCUCGCUGGCUCGUUGGUUUGUGCUACACCAGGCCCAACCUUCUUCCUAGGAUGGCCAACUUGAAGGCCGAUCUCGACAGUUACCUCAAAACGGGCGGGAGUAAUAAGGGUUGGGGCAGCGCUCAAGGGUUGUCCUUACCCAAAUUAAGCCAAGGCUGGCAGUUACCCACCUUGAAAUCCCCUUUCAGUACGAGCGCUUCCUCCCCCUCCAGCCGAUCGACUGCGGGUGACACGGAGUUGCUCAUGGAAGAGGGCGCUUUCAGCACGGACAAAACGGGUGUGUCCGGUUGGUUUCCCAACUCGAAGAAUGAAUGCUGCCCCAGCUUGACCAAACGCCAACGUAUCGUGGGAUUCAUGCUUUGUUUGAGUAUGGGCGUGCUUUGUUUUGGUCUAGCCUCGCUCUACACGCCCGUGCUGAUAUUGUAUGCCCGCAAAUUCGCCCUGCUUUUCUCGCUCGGGAGUGUCUUCACCCUGGGGAGUUUCUCGCUUUUGUGGGGUCCGGUCAAUCAUUUCAAGCACCUGACCAGUUCCGAAAGAUGGCCGUUCACGGCCGUGUAUACCCUCACCUUGGUGGGAACUUUGUACUUUUCCAUGGGAUUGCAGAGCACGGUUCUGACCGUGAUUGCGGCUGUAGGACAAGUCAUGGCUUUAUUGUGGUUCGUCAUCAGUUAUAUUCCCGGAGGACAAACGGGUCUAGCGUUUUUCUCCAAGCUGUGCUCCUCGUUUUGUCGGUCCACGGUGGGAAAUUCUCUGCCGGUUUAGACAUUGAUCUCUUCGUAUACAUGAACCGUUUGAUCCCAACUACAAUCCAUGAGACGACUGCCUUGGACGUCGACACCGUGGACGAAUUCCGUGUGAUUGGCCAACGUUUGAACCAAACCCGCUCUUUCUCGCCAAAGCCUAAAAAUGAAUUAUAUGUAAAGAGGGCGGGGCAUUGACCCAAAAAGAGACCGUGCUUACCUCGUGGUAAAGUCGUAGGAAGCGCUGAUGAUGAGGCCAUCGGGCCGAGUUUGCACUCGGCGAAUCCCAUAUGUGUGUUCAUGAAAGACCUCAACGGGUUGAGCGGGAUUUCGAAGAUCCCAUAGCCGCAAACCGCCGUCGAUGGAACCCGUCACCAAUUGAUCCGAAUGGCUGGAACUCCAAGCUAAACAUAAAACAUCGCAUCCAUGGACGAGUUUGUUCUGUGGGGGGUGUCUCGAAUCCCAAAUGAGCGCCGAGCCAUCCGAAGAGCAACUGGCAAACGUUGAAUUGUGAUCUUGUGACCAUGAACUCUCGUGAACCAAUUCGGAAUGCCCCAAAAACGUAGAUAGCGAGGAUUGAUGCAUGACCUCGGGGUCCCACUAGAAAUAUGAACAAGUUAGAGUCAGUCUCUGUCGCUCGGGUGCAUCGACAAUCCGCUCACAAUCUUUAGGGUACCAUCCCAACUACUAGAUAGAAUACGGUGGCCAUCUGCAUUCCACGAAACACUUGAUACCUCCUUGGUGUGUUCUAUACGUGAUUGCGAAGAUAACUUGCCAAGUCCAAGAGAACGUCCGGCCAACUGAAAUCAUCCCGUAACGUCCAUUUGUUGUUGGAUUCAUAUUUUCCCACAGACAACCAACCUCGGCCUAGAAGAAAGCACGAAGUGUGCUAAUUUGUGUGAUAUUUUUUCCCGUCGAGGAGUUCUCCAUUUCCAACCUGACAGACCAAAAUUUUGACCCGAAACGAGUGCAAACUCGUCAACGGUCAACAGUGAUAGUUGAAUGGCUUGGCCAUAUUUUCCACUGGAACUGAUAACUUGAAAAGCCUCCAACAUGAUUGUGUUUUUGCAUUGACUUUUCAAGUCAGAGAUAAGUGAGAGAGAUUUUGCUACUUGUUUAGCCGCUUGAUACAAUAUAUAACGGUCUAUGGAUGUUCAAAAUAACUUAUGACCACUUCUUUUUCACAUACGUUCAAACAGGUCUCAACUAAUGGGUUCCCCUGUUCGUGCCGCAG